UUUAAACAGAAAUUGGAUCGCACAGAACAGCUCAUAUUCCAACCAAUCAGAAAGCUUUCCAGUAAUUCCUCAGAUCCUUAUAAUCAUUUUUUUAUUUCCCCCAAGAUUAUAUAUGGUUCCCCAUAACUUGACACUGAUCAAUGACAUGCUGCCGUUGGUCGCCACCAAAUUAUUCUCCUCCGCCGCCCCUCAAUCCAUCUCAAUUCAGAAACCAAGAUUUUCACUUCUAUUUUCUUGAAUGUGCUGAUUCUUUCUUGGAUAGAGAAAAUAGUUAUUUUAUUGAAUUACAUCACAAUGAUAUGCCGGAGAAGUUCGGCUAAAAGAGGCGGCCGCGGUGGUGGAUCAGUUCCGGUGUACCUUAAUGUAUACGAUCUUACCUCCAUUAAUGGAUACGCUUAUUGGCUUGGACUUGGGGUUUACCAUUCUGGGAUUCAAGUUCAUGCAGUAGAAUAUGCAUUUGGAGCACAUGAAAACUCAACAACUGGGAUUUUUGAAGGAGAGCCAAAACACUGUGAAGGAUUUACAUUCAGAAAGUCGAUUUUGAUGGGAUGGACAGAUAUGACACCAGGAGAAGUGAGGGGAGUAAUGGAAGAAUUUGCGCAAAAAUACAAGGGAAAUGCUUAUAAUUUGAUUACUAAAAAUUGCAAUCAUUUUUGCAAUGAUGCUUGCAUUAAACUUACUGGGAAUUCAAUCCCACGUUGGGUUAAUCGACUUGCUAGAAUUGGUUGGUUCUGCAAUUGCAUCAUUCCAGUGAACUUAAAGUCGAUGAAAGUUGGGCACCUUAAAAUUGAAGAUAAGUUCUGCGAAGGGGAGGAGAAGAAACUGAGAAGCAGUUCGUCUCAAUCACAUUCUUCACCUCUCCCGACAACCACAGCCAGUCGAAGCACAAUUUGUUUGCAGGGAAGCUCCACCCCUUGAUUAUUGGUUCUACUCCACCAUGUUCGGUAACACAAGAAGCGAAAAUUUUGCCUAU